ACAAAUGGAGAAAACAACGAGAUUCGAAAAAGCAGUCACAGUCACCGAAUUAUUUAUUUUAAUUCCAAAUAUUUUUGCUCCCCGAUCGCGAGACCCUCAGCAGGAUGAAACCAUUUAAGAAACGGCAGACGAAGGUCAAGUCCUUCUUCCGCAGCGAGGACAUGGAGCUGUGCCAGCUGCUCCUGCACACGGACAACGCCUUCGACUGCCUCAUAGAGCUGGGUCACCAGGGAGCGGUGCAGUUCAACAACGUCUACGACGAGGACCGCCUGCUGAACAACCUCUACUCGAAGAAGGUGUCGCAGUGCUACGAGUACCUGCGCCUCGUGGAGAACCUGCACAACAUGAUGGUGCAGUUGCACGUGAGCGAGGUCUUCUAUCCGGACGUGGAUCGCGAGAACCGGCUGAGGGAGAAGGACCUGGCCAAGUACGGGGACCGGCUGAAGCGCAUCCACGUGGAGGCCAGUGCCGUGACGGAGCACUACUACCGACUGGACAACCGGCGGUACCGCAUGAUGGAGCACAGCUUCGCCAUCACCAGGGCCAACAAGUACAUGACCUCGGACAUGGGCAGCGAGCUGCUCUACUCGGAGAGCACGGUCAUGGGCCUGGUGCAGGAUGCCACCACCGCGGGAGCGCAUCAGUCGCAGCUAAACUACAUGAUUGGGAGCAUCCGGGCGGACAAGUUCUACAGCUUUGAGCUGCUGCUCUACCGCCUGUGCUCCUUCAACCUGAUCAUUCGGUUUUCCGAAAUGCCCACUCCGGUCUACGAGUAUCACCAUGGCCAGCGGCCGGAGAAGUUGAGGAAGUUCGCCAUCCUCAUGAUGACCAGUUCCACGAUGCUGUGGCCCAAGGUCCUCAAGAUCUGUGGCCACUAUCAUGUCAACAUAUACGAUUGCCCGCGGUCGGCCAGCGAGCGGGAGGAGAAGGUGAGGGAGUUGAGCCAGGAGAUAGUGAACGUGGAGAAGGUCCUCAAGGAGGCCGAGCUGAUGCGCCGCCAGAUCCUGGAGGUGGCUGGUCAGGAUCUGUUCAUUGUGCGAGUCAAUCUUCGCAAGGCUCUGAAGGUUUACGAACUGAUGAAUCGCCUGCGAUUGGUGGGCGGAUGGGAGGUUCCACGCUAUCUUCUGGCGGAGGUGUAUGUACCUUCCUCGGAUGUCCAGGAAGUUAGGCUGAUCCUACGAAAUGCCAGCAGACUUAGUGGGGGCGCAGAUAGGAGGGAAGCCCCGGACGAAGACACGGACAACGUGGAGGAGGAGGAGGGGGAGGAGGAGAAGCAGGAACCCCAGGAAAAGAAGGAGAAAAAGCAAACGCAAUGGGAAGAGACGGAGGAGUCGGAGUUCCAGCCGGACUUCCAGGGCGACAUGACUUCUCGGGCCAUUCUGCUGAAGAAAACGAGAAUGGUCAAUCAUAUGCCACCGACGUACUUCCGGCUGAACAGGUUCACCCGGGGAUUCCAGAACCUUAUAGACGCCUAUGGAAUGGCCGACUACAAGGAGCUGAAUCCCGCCCCGUACACCAUCAUCACGUUCCCCUUCCUCUUCGCGGUCAUGUUUGGCGACGUGGGUCAUGGCAUUUUGCUAAUUUUGUUUUCACUCAUAAUGAUUCGGAAGCACAAGGCCAUCGAAAAGUAUCAGAUUGCCUCGACCUCGGAGAACGAAAUCCUGAACAUCCUGUUCGCGGGUCGCUACAUAAUCCUGCUGAUGGGGAUCUUCUCCGUCUACAUGGGUUUCAUCUACAACAUAGCCAUGGCCAAGGGGUUCAAUAUUUUCGGCUCGAGCUGGAGCUGUCGCUACAAUGCCACCACCUUGGCGGACCCCUUGAUCACGCUGACCCUGGACUCUUCGGAUCCGAACUUUUACUCGGGGCAUCCCUAUCCCAUAGGUAUGGACCCCGUGUGGGCAGUUGUGGGCCAGGACUCGAUCACCACCACCAACUCCCUGAAGAUGAAGAUGGCCAUUGUCCUGGGCAUUACGCAGAUGAUGUUCGGCCUCGGCCUGUCCGCCGCCAACUGCGUGCUGCUGAAGAAGAAGGCGGACCUCAUCCUGGUGGUGAUUCCGCAGGCCAUCUUCAUGACCUGCCUCUUCUGCUACCUCGUCUUCCUGAUCUUCUACAAGUGGCUCGUGUACGGCGGCCACAAGCCGACGCCCUACAACUCGGCCUGUGCCCCAAACGUUCUGAUCACCUUCAUCAAUAUGAUGCUGAUGAAGACGGAGGAUCCGCCGGCCAACUGCAAUGCAGACAUGUAUCCCAACGAGCGGCUCCUGGAGUACGCCCUGGUGGUCCUAGCUCUGCUUAUGAUUCCCAUUCUGCUGGCCGGCAAGCCGUUGUAUCUGCUCCGAAAGCGGAGGAAGCAACAGAAGGCACGGGAUCUGAAGCCGAUGCGCCGGCAGACGAUCAGGGAAAUGCGGUCUACCAUGUGGUACUCCACGGACGACGUGAGCGAGGCCAGCAAGCAGAGGAGCGUGGACAACGAGGAGGAGUUCGAGAUGUCGGAGAUUUGGAUUCACUCGGGCAUCCACACCAUCGAAACGGUGCUGGGAUCGGUGUCCCACACGGCCUCGUAUCUGCGACUGUGGGCCCUGUCCCUGGCCCACGACCAGCUGUCGGAUGUCCUGUGGCACAUGGUGCUCAACAAGGGCUUCGCCAACCACCAGCCGCUGUACUACAGCGUGCCCGUGCUCAUGGCCUCCUUCUUCGCCUGGGCCAUCCUCACGGUGGCCAUCCUGGUGAUGAUGGAGGGCCUGAGCGCCUUCCUGCACACCCUGCGCCUCCACUGGGUGGAGUUCCAGUCGAAGUUCUUCGGCGGCGCCGGCGAGUCCUUCAAGGCCUUCAGUUUCCCGCCCUCCAACCAGAGGAGCUAGGCUCUUUUCCACCUUCGUUUUUAGUUUGUGAAUAAAAAUUUGUGGUUUGUGCAUUUGCAGAA